AUGCAGCGGCAGGCUGACUGGCUCUGUGAAGAUGGCGGACUGUAUACGUGUUCCUCUGCUCCUGGUUCUGAUGUGCAUCUUGUUAUCUGUGCAUCCAAUUCGAGGUGAAAACAACUUUGUCGCCAAAGCUGCUGUUAAAGCUGAUAACCCACAGAAUCCACCCGGAGGUCCGGGGCCGGCCGCGGUGAACCCAGGAGCCGCUGAGAGGAACCUUGGCGCUGGGGCCUCGCUGCCUCGGAGGCGCUCUGCCGGCUGGAAGUUGGCUGAGGAGGCGGUGUGCAGGGAAGACCUGACCCGGCUUUGCCCCAAACAUUCCUGGAACAACAACCUGGCCUUGUUGGAGUGUCUCCAGGACAGGAAAGAGGAAACAGAGAUCGCCGCCGAAUGCAACCAUCUGUUGUGGAACUACAAGUUGAACCUGACCACCGACUCAAAGUUUGAGUCUGUCGCCGUGGAGGUCUGCAAGACCACCAUCUCCCAGAUUAAAGAAUGUGCGGCGGAGGAGCUGGGGAAGGGCUACCUGGUGUCCUGCCUGGUGGAUCACCGUGGCAACAUCAGCGACUACCAGUGCAACCAGUACAUCACCAAGAUGACGAGCAUCGUCUUCAGCGACUACCGGCUGAUCUGUGGCUUCAUGGACAAAUGUCGCGAUGACAUCAACACUCUGCACUGCGGCAGCAUCAGCACCGGAGAGAAGGACGUCCACUCUCAGGGCGAGGUCAUCGCCUGUCUGGAGAAAGGUUUGGUGCGGGAGGCCGAGGAGCAGCCGGGGGCGCACGCCAUCAAAGAGGAAUGUAAGAAGUCCAUCAUGAGAGUCGCCGAGCUCUCCUCGGAUGACUUCCACCUGGAUCGCUACCUCUACUUCGCCUGCCGCGAGGACCGAGAGCGCUUCUGUGAAAACACGCUGGCCGGGGAGGGACGAGUUUACAAAUGUCUCUUCAAUCACAAGUUUGAGGAGGCGAUGUCUGAGAGGUGCCGCGAGGCUCUGACCACCAGACAGAAGCUGAUCGCUCAGGACUACAAGGUGAGCUACUCGCUGGCCAAAGCCUGCAAGUCGGACCUGAGGAAAUACCGCUGCAGCGCGGACUCCAGCAUGCCGCGAGCCCGAGAAGCUCGCCUGUCCUACCUGCUGCUGUGCCUGGAGUCUGCUGUGCAUCGAGGUCGUGUGGUCAGCGGCGAGUGUCAGGGUGAGAUGAUGGACUACAGGCGGAUGCUGAUGGAGGAUUUCUCCCUGAGUCCGGAGAUCGUGCUGCACUGUCGGAGCGAGAUCGAGGGUCACUGCUCCGGUCUGCACCGCAAGGGAAGAACGCUGCACUGCCUGAUGAGGGUCGGCCGAGGGGACAUGGGCGCCAUCGAGCCCAACUGCCAGAGGGCGCUCCAGAACCUGAUGCAGGAAGCCGACCCCGGAGCCGACUAUCGCAUCGACCGAGCGCUCAACGAGGCCUGUGAGUCCGUCAUCCAGACUGCCUGCAAACACAUCCGCAACGGAGACCCCAUGAUCCUGUCCUGUCUGAUGGAGCAUCUGUACACCGACAAGAUGGUGGAGGACUGUGAACACAGACUGCUGGAGCUGCAGUACUUCAUCGCCAGAGACUGGAAGUUGGAUCCCAUCUUGUAUAAGAAAUGUCAGGGCGACGCUGCCCGGCUCUGCCACACCCACGGCUGGAACGAGACCAGCGAAAUGAUGCCGCCCGGCACCAUUUUCUCCUGCCUGUACCGCCACGCCUACCGCUCUGUGGAGCAGGGACGGAGGCUCCCCAGUGGAGUGUCUGAUGCAGAAAACCCUGAUGUGACUCUUUCCAGGGACUGUAAGGUGGAGGUGCAGAGGAUUCUCCACCAGAGGGCGCUGGAUGUGAAGCUGGACCCUGAGCUCCAGAGACUGUGCAUGACCGACCUGGGGAAGUGGUGCAGCGAGAAGACGGAGGCCGGACAGGAGCUGGAAUGUCUGCAGGAUCACCUGGAGGAUCUGGUGUCGGACUGCAGAGACGUGGUGGGAAACCUGACGGAGCUGGAGUCAGAGGACAUUCAGAUCGAGGCGCUGCUGAUGAGAGCCUGUGAACCCGUCAUCCAGGCCCACUGCCAUGAGGUGGCUGAUAAUCAGAUCGACACUGGUGACCUGAUGGACUGUUUGGUUCAGAACAAACACCAGAAGGAGAUGAAUGAGAAGUGUGCGGUGGGAGUGACGCACUUCCAGCUGAUUCAGAUCAAAGAUUUCCGUUUCUCCUACAAGUUCAAGACUGCCUGCAAGGAGGACGUCCUCAAACUGUGCCCCAAUAUCAAGAAGAAGGUGGACGUUGUGAUCUGCCUCAGCACCACCGUGAGGAACGACACCCUGCAGGACGCCAAGGAGCAGCGAGUGUCCGUCAAAUGUCGUAAACAGCUGCGAGUGGAGGAGGUGGAGAUGUCGGAGGACAUCCGCCUGGAGCCGGAGCUGUACGAGUCGUGUAAGCAGGAUAUCAACAAGCUGUGUCAGAACGUGGCCUUCGGCAACGCACAGGUUAUCGAGUGUCUGAAGGAGAACAAGCGUGAUCUGACACAGCGCUGCCACCAGCGGAUCUUCAAGCUCCAGGAGGUGGAGAUGGUCGAUCCUGAACUGGACUACCAGCUGAUGAGAGUCUGCAAGCACAUGAUCAGGCGGUUCUGCACUGAGUCGGAGGGAAAGAACGUUCUUCAGUGUCUGAAACAGAACAAGAACAGUGAGCUGAUGGAUCCCAAAUGCAAACAGAUGAUCACCAAGAGACAGAUCACCCAGAACACAGACUACAGGCUGAACCCGGUGCUGAGGAAGGCCUGUAAAGCCGACAUCCCAAAGUUCUGUCAGCCCAUCCUGAACAGGGCGACGGCCGACACGGAGCUGGAGGGUCAGGUCAUCUCCUGCCUCAAACUCAAAUACGCCGACCAGCGCUUGUCUCCAGACUGUGAGGAUCAGAUCCGGGUCAUCCUGCAGGAAUCAGCGCUGGACUACAGACUGGACCCUCAGCUUCAGCUCCACUGCACACAAGAGAUUUCCAGGCUGUGUCCGGAGGAGGCGGCAGCUCAGGAACAGACGGGGCAGGUGGAGGAGUGUCUGAAGGUGAACCUGCUGAAGAUCAAACAGGAAGGAUGUAAGAAGGAGGUGUUGAACAUGCUGAAGGAGAGUAAGGCGGACAUCUUCGUCGACCCCGUCCUCCACACAGCCUGCGCUCUGGACAUCAAACACCAGUGUGCAGCCAUCCCGCCUGGCAAAGGGCGCCAGAUGUCGUGCCUGAUGGAGGCGCUGCAGGACAAACGUGUCCGUCUGCAGCCAGAGUGCAAGAAGAGACUUCAGGAUCGCAUCGACAUGUGGAGCUACGCUGCCAAGGUGGCUCCCGCCGAGGGUUUCUCAGACCUGGCCAUGCAGGUCAUGACAUCACCAUCCAAGAACUACAUCCUGACUGUGAUUGGUGCAGGUGUGGCUCUGCUCUUCCUGAUGGGGCUGCUCUGCGGCAGAUUCACCAAACGCGUCACUCAGGAGCUGAAGGACAGGUAGACCCCGCCCACUCCGGGGUCAGGACACACCCACAGGAGAAACAACCACGGCCAACAAGAACCUCCACCUUCAUUCCCCUCUCCUCGCGCCCCCGAAAACGCCUCCCCUGAUCUCCUCACCCCUUUUUUCCCAUCGCUGGAAUGACAUUACCCACAAUUCACUGGCGAAAGUGGGCUUGAUCAGUGACUCACCUGCUCUUCUUCUACAAGAGCCCCGUUCCCUCUCCGAGAGGGCACGCCCACUGUCACAUCUUCUUCUUCAUCUUUUUUUUUCCCUUCUCCUCCCGAGCUUCGAAACAGAGCACUGAGUCCUCCUGAUGUAGAUGCAGCAUCACUCCUUUUUUUCUCCAUCUUUAC